CGAUGCGCACGGCCGGAGAGACGCGGAGGAGGAGACAUGAGCCGGCGGGCGCCCAGACGGUGCGGCCGUGACGCGUUCCUGCUGCAGCCGCGCGCCCCGGCCCUGGAGCGCUGACCCCUGGCCCCGCACAGCCCCGCGCCCCGGCCGGAGAUCGCGCCCCAGCUUCCAGCCCCGCCGCGCAUGCUGCCCACGGAGUGAACCGAGCAGCCAACCUCCCGCGGACGCCCGGACGGCCGGACGGCCGGCCAGCAGUGAGCAAGCUUCCCCGCACCAGCCCGGCGUCUCCUGCACAGCGGCGGCCACCCCGUAGCCCCCGCGCCAGCCCGGAGGGCGCAGCGCUCGGGAGGAGCCGCGCGGGGCGCUGAUGCCGCAGGGCGCGCCGCGGAGCGCCCCGGAGCAGCAGAGUCUGCAGCAGCAGCAGCCGGCGAGGAGGGAGCAGCAGCAGCGGCGGCGGCGGCGGCGGCGGCGGCGGAGGCGCCCGGUCCCGGCCGCGCGGAGCGGACAUGUGCAGGCUGGGCUAGGAGCCGCCGCCUCCCCCCCGCCCAGCGAUGUAUUCAGCGCCCUCCGCCUGCACUUGCCUGUGUUUACACUUCCUGCUGCUGUGCUUCCAGGUACAGGUGCUGGCGGCCGAGGAGAACGUGGACUUCCGCAUCCACGUGGAGAACCAGACGCGGGCUCGGGACGAUGUGAGCCGUAAGCAGCUGCGGCUGUACCAGCUCUACAGCCGCACCAGCGGGAAGCACAUCCAGGUCCUGGGCCGCAGGAUCAGUGCCCGCGGCGAGGACGGGGACAAGUAUGCCCAGCUCCUAGUGGAGACAGACACCUUCGGUAGUCAAGUCCGGAUCAAGGGCAAGGAGACGGAAUUCUACCUGUGCAUGAACCGGAAAGGCAAGCUCGUGGGGAAGCCCGAUGGCACCAGCAAGGAGUGUGUGUUCAUUGAGAAGGUCCUGGAGAACAACUACACAGCCCUGAUGUCCGCCAAGUACUCUGGCUGGUACGUGGGCUUCACCAAGAAGGGGCGGCCGCGGAAGGGUCCCAAGACCCGGGAGAACCAGCAGGACGUGCACUUCAUGAAGCGCUACCCCAAGGGACAGGCAGAGCUGCAGAAACCCUUCAAGUACACCACGGUGACCAAGAGGUCCCGGCGGAUCCGCCCCACGCACCCCGGCUAGGCUGGCCCCACCGCAGCCCCCCAGGCUGCCCCCAGGCCCACACUCACACUCACAGAGAACUGCAUCAGAGGAAUAUUUUUACAUGAAAAAUUAGGAAGAAGCUCUAUUUUUGUACAUUGUGUUUAAAAGAAGACAAAAACUGAACCAAAACUCUUGGGGGGGGGGAAGCGAUAAGGAUUUUAUUGUUGACUUGAAACCCCCUGUCUCUGACAAAAGACUCACAAAAAGGGACUGUUGUCAGCGUACAGGUGCUUGUCUCUCUCUAGGAACAGACAACUCUAAUCUCGUCCCCAGAGGAGGAUUUGAAGGAGGAAAACGACACUCUGAGAAACCAAAGUCCUUUUUCCCAAAGGUUCUGAAAGAAAAAAAAAAAAAAAAGAAAAAGAAAAAAAAAAAGAAAAACAAAGAGAAAGUAGUACCUAUCCCCAGACUCCCCCUUUCCCAACCCCCUAUCCCUGCCCCAGACUCCAACAAAAAUCGCUCUCUGGUUUGCAGUCAUUUAUUUAUUGUCCGCUGCAAGCUGUCCCGAGACACCGCGCAGGGAAGGCGUGCCCCUCGGAAUUCUCGGCGCCUCGACUUCCGACGACAGACGGCCUCGUCCAAUCAAGUGACCCUGCAUUGCUCGCAGUUCUGGAGGAUGCUGCUAUCGACCUUCCGUGACUCACGUGACCUAGUACACCAAUGAUAAGGGAAUAUUUUAAAACCAGCUAUAUUAUAUAUAUUAUAUAUAUAUAAGCUAUUUAUUUCACCUCUCUGUAUAUUGCAGUUUCAUGAACCAAGUAUUACUGCCUCAACAAUUAAAAACAAUCGACAAAUUAUUUAAAAAA